UUUCUACAUUUUAAAAAUUCCAUUUUCAAGAUUAUUCACCACAUUUCAUUUCUUUAAGCACAAUACUACGAAUACCUUAUACAUUUCAUUUCUCGGUGAUAAGCAAUAAAUCGCUAUAAUAAUCGCGUAUUGUUUAUUCCCACGACAGCUAUCAAUAACUCCCAACUCUAUACAUUCGCGUAUAACACUGCAACAAGUUGCGGAGACCGACUAGACAUAUCGAUUCUAUAAUCAUAGAAAAAAAAUUCUGCGCAAGCGUUGUACAACUAUAUCCAUGCUUCAUUCAUGGAAAAUAUUUGAUUCAGUCGUAUUUGCGAGUAGCCAUGAUGAUCGACAAGUUUGUACCAAUCGAGCAGGACAAUCACAGUCUCAGCAACCACAGUGUACAGUUAAAUCGGUGGCUUUUAAAAUCAAUAGGCGCAUGGCCAUCAUUUUCAUCCACCACGAAACUCGAGAAAAUUAUUUCUUUCGUUUUAAUUAUCUGUUGUUAUUGCUUCAUAUGCUUCACCGUGAUUCCUUGCUUGUUGCACGUGAUCCUGGAAGAUGACAGUUUCCAUGAGAAAUUGAAAGUGCUCGGUCCACUGAGUCAUUGGCUGGUAGGCGGUAUUAAUUACACCACAUUGUUACUACGGAACAAAGAGAUACGGUAUUGUAUUGAGCACAUGCAGAGAGAUUGGGAAAUCGUAACGAAAACGGAAGAUCAACAAGUAAUGAUAAAACAUGCGAAGAUAGGCCGUUAUAUAACUAUGUUUUGCGCAGCUUUUAUGCAAGGUGGUGUCUUGUCCUAUUGCGCGGUGACUGCAUUCUCCACGCAAACCAUCGAGAUUGGAAACGAAACCAGGAUUGUACAUAUGAUACCUUGUGUAGUGUACAAAAAGUUAAUCGCGAGCGAUACAAGUCCCACAAAUGAAAUCGUUAUUGCAUCGCAAUUCGUGUCCGGAUUCAUCGUAAAUUCGAGUGCAGUUGGAGCUGUCAGUAUCGCAGCCGUGUUCACAGCUCAUGCAUGUGGCCAAGUAAGUCUCUUGAUGGCGUGGAUCCGUCAAUUUGUGGAUCACUCGAACAUUCAAGAUAAGAAUAUUGUGUUGAAUGAUAUUGGCGAGAUAAUUCGACAUCAUUUGAAGAUUUUGAGUUUUAUAACAGGUAUCGAAAAUGUAAUGAGUGGAAUAUGUUUUAUGGAAUUGUUCAAAUGUACUGUAAAUAUAUGUAUGCUUGGAUAUUAUAUCCUUACGGCAUGGACUGGUCAUGAUAUUCAGAGUUUGAUCGUAUUUUCAGUAAUACUUUUCUCCAUGAUUUUCAAUAUUUUUAUAAUAUGUUAUAUCGGUGAUGUACUAACGGAACAGUGUAAAAUGAUUGGUGAAGCAGUUUAUAUGACAAAUUGGUAUUACUUACCUGGAAAAGAUAUAUUGAAUUUAAUACAGAUCAUUUUAAGAUCCAGCAUGGUGAUUAAGAUCACUGCUGGUAAGCUAGUUCAUAUGUCCAUAUACACCUUUGGUAAUGUGAUGAAAACUGCUUUCACUUAUUUGAAUCUAUUACGUCAAAUGACUUAAUAGAAUACACUCUUAAAAUAUGAAUACGUAAACUUGUAAUAUUAAAAACAUA